CCAGACUUCUUUCUUAUCUUUGGUCUCUGGCAGGAGAAGACCCAGAAAGGGGAACAAGGAGGAGUGAAAAUGGCAUGGCUUCUGCGAAUCCCAAGCAACCCGAGGAGCUUCUCCGUCUCCGUUUCUUCAAAUGGGGCAGCUUCUUCAAGUGGGAAUGGAGGUCAAUCCGGGAGAGCUGGGGCUGGGCCGGUGGUUGUGGAGCUGCCGCUUGACAAAAUAAGAAGGCCGCUUAUGCGCACCAGAGCGAACGAUCCGGCGAAGGUGAAGGACCUCAUGAACAGUAUUCAGGAAAUUGGUCUCCAAGUCCCCAUUGAUGUACUUGAGGUUGAUGGAGCCUACUAUGGUUUCUCUGGUUGUCAUCGAUACGAGGCUCACCAACGCCUAGGACUCCCAACAAUCCGUUGCAAAGUUCGACGAGGAACAAAAGAAACUCUGAGGCAUCACCUUCGCUGAUUCACAAGCUGUGCAAGUCGUCAAUCAAUCAUCAAACUUGAGCUUGUGGAUUUAGAAGUCCAAAGAACUAUAUAGUUUUAUAAUAAGAACUAGUUGGAAAUAUAUGUAGAUACCAUAUGUGCUUGUAUGCCAAUAUGCAUUGGAAUGUCUAAGUUUCACAUACUACAUAAAAUUAAAGAUAUAAUUGGAGUAAUACUCAUUACAUGUUAUGUAUAUUUAUAUUCCAAAAUGUUGGAUAAUUUCAAGAAAAAAACACAAGCACUUAAAUUUA